UUUGCAUUGGCAGAUGACAAUCUUUCUUCGUUUGAAAUAUUACAUCCAUAUAGAAAAUGCUGAUGUAAUGAAUUCCAGGGAAAGAAUAAAUAAUGGGAGCGGGUGGUGGCAACAGGUUAUUUCACACCAUGACCAACAAUUGAUGGAAAAUUGUAGGGGGAGGGAUUAUACAGUUAUACUUAUAAUCGACUUACUGAACUAACAAACUCAUUCUUGAUUUAUUUUACAGGAUGGACCAGUUUAUGUCUUAUGAUAUAGCCCCGUUUUUAGCCUGUAUAAAUAUGCUGAAAAUAAAUACUCGACCGGAAGUGUUCAAAAUGUUGAUUGCAGUUUUAUGUGAUUUUAUUCCAAACGACCACAACAACAGAUUACGGACUAUUCGGUAUGUUAAGCUUUUAUUAGAAGAUCAAGAAGACUUAGCUGAUUGUGUUAUAACAUUUUUACCAGCAACAGGAGCAGACAAUGCUGUUUUACCAGAACCCAAAUCUGCAGUUACAGGGACAUCAAGGUUAACACCACAUCAAGAUGGCGAAGAGGUUACAAAUACAAAAACCAAGACAAAGACAAAGGCAGGUCAACUUUUAGCACAGGCAACCGCAAACAGAAAGUUAAAAUCCACCACCAAACCGUCAACGAGUAAAACGGCUACUGGACAAAGUAGUGGUAAAUCUGACUCUGUCAAAACCGUUGUCGUUAAAACACGCACACCUGUGGUCAUUAAACAAAAGACGACAACCAGGACUCAAUCUGAAUCAAAAUCUUCAUCAUCAAAUCCUUCUCCGGUGAUAUCCAGCAACCCGGUCUUAGCCUCUGUUCUACAAACAUCUUCCGUGCAUACCUCAACCCAUGGAAACAUUCACCCAGUAGUAUCGAAAAACCAAUUAUUAUCUUUAAAUUCCAAUAUUUUGAAUAAGGGUCAAUUCCAGGGUCAAGCUCUUCUUCGAGAUAAUCAAGAAUGCCAGAAUAACACCCCAUCAUCUAGCACCUCAAAUACCAAAUCUAAACCUCCUGAUCAGACGUACACGGUGCCACCUCCUCCAUAUCCUUACGUCCUUGGGCAACGUGGACCGUUUAUUACUCCGGGGAACAAUUAUUAUUACGGAUUUUCGGGCUUUCCUUUCCCAAGACCAAAUUUAGCACCACCGAGUGUUAGGUCUGUGUAUCUACAAGGUGUUGCUCCAUAUAGCACCACAAUGCCGGUAAAUACGCCAAGACUUCCUGUCCAUAAUGGUGUCUCCGAUAUUCCCCAUGAAAGUUACUUAACGGCACACACAAUAGAGAAGAGAUUAACCGGACCCGAGUCAAUCGCGCCUUACAUAAGAACCAAACCAACCUGCAUAGUAAAACCAAAUGAAGAUAAUUUAUCACCUGUUUCCAAGAAGAGUUCGUCCAAACCCAAGACACACAAGUCCUUUAGAGCGGUGACCAGCACAACUAUUCAAAAACAGACUGAUCCGGAUCCUCAAAGACCCAAUGCUGGUCUUCCUUUGCCAACUGCCACACCAGAUCCAUCAACCCAACAGCAACCACAUGCAAUUGUUCUGAACACUAUUAAUUCACCCAGUUCUACUUCUAACCCGAAUACAACAAUUUCGAGAAAUUUAACAUCUUUCCCAUACAUUCAAAAGAUGACCCUAUUAGAUGGUCAAACACAACAUCUUCGUAUUCAAGGAAGCGGCAACAUAGGUAGCUAUCGACGACUGUCUGAAUCUAGUUCACCAGCUAAUCCAGGAAACCAACAAGUAGUGGUUGAUCUAAAACAAUCCGGAGUUCGUAGAAACACUUCCGUGCAAUGUAACCGUACAAAACAGGCCAAGAGAAAAAGGGAUAAUUCUACCAGGACCUCUCCAUUGAUUCCGAAAAAGUCAGCUUUGUCAACGGACCAUGAAUCAAGCUGAUCUUAUAUUUUGAAUUAAUUAAUCAUUUUUUGGAUAUUUACGCGCCAUGUUACACUUAAGUCCCUGAUUGUCAUUUCCAUUAUUCGUACAAUAUCUAUUUUUUCAUGGCAUGAUUCACGCUAAAAUAUACACAAAUUGAUUAUUUAACAAUUAAUUAAAUCAAAAUAUACACAGUAAACAAUCUUCCGGUUUCGAUUCAAUCAGAUUAAAAAGGUGCCCGUGAUGUUUUUGUCCAUAUCUUAAUAUAUCGUCUGCAGCUAGUGCCGAAUGUUUACAACUUUUAUAUUUGCAUCAUACAUCAUAUCUUUGCAAAUACUGAACGAAAUUAAACCAUAUUUGGACUGAAAUUCCUAUUAGAGAUGCAACUUUAACAAUAUUGUAGUUUGCAAAAGUUUCAAAAUCCUUAAAUUGACGACCAGAGACUUUAAAGUAGUCAAAGACUAAUUUGUGUUUUUCACAUUGUUAUUGUUACCGUAUUUUAUUGUUUUUGUUCAAGGCAGCAUGAGUUACCGACGAGAUAUAUAUACUCUAAAAAUUAAAUUGUGAGUCGUUUGUUCUUUACAUAAACACCGAUAUACUUUUAUGACAUUGUUACCUAUAUUUUCAUGACUUAAUUAUAUUUUUCCAUUGAAUAUUUUAACUGUUCAUUGUUUUAAAAUGUUCAUGGUUGGAUUACACAUAAUUUUAC